AUGUUCUCGCGACAGGCUGUUGCUAAUGGCAGCUGGCCCUAUGGACCCUUUUCGACGAAAGACCGCGACAUUGUCGACUCUCGUGGCGAGGCAGUGACCUGGGCAGGAGUCAAUUGGCCAGGUUCUGGCGAGACAAUGGUCCCUGAAGGCGUGGAGUGGAGUUCUGUUGAAGACAUUCUCGACUUGGUCAAGAGCGUUGGGUUCAACUUCAUCCGCCUCACGUACGCCAUUGAGAUGGUAGACCAGAUCUAUGAGCGGAAUGGCAGCGAUGUCCCUCUCGAAGUCGCAAUGAUCACGGGUCUUGGUUACGAAAAUGGCACCAAGGUGACAAAUGAGAUCGUUGCUAAGAACAAAGGCUGGACGAAAGACACUGGCCGAUUCGAGGUCUGGGAUCGCAUUGCUGAAGCGGCGCUUGAACGGGGAAUGUACAUCCAUCCAGACGUGCACGUUGGAAAGGCUCAGUGGUGCUGCAACAACACUGACGGAAAUGCGUGGUUCGACGAUUACAAUUUUCCCGUGAAGAAUUGGCAUCGUGGACUACAAUACGUAGCCAACUGGGCAAAGAAACACCCGAACGUUGUUUCAAUGUCUCUCCGCAACGAACUUCGUCGUGCCAUCAACACUACCGCCCCAACGUCGACAACUGGGUACAACUGGUUGACAUUUGUGGGCAACUAUACCGCAGCAACCGACGCAAUCUACUCGGUCAACCCAGACAUCUUGAUUACCUGGAGUGGCUUGCAGUAUGACCAGGACCUCUCUGCUCUAACAUCUGGCCUCAACCUCAACACAGCUCCACUCUAUAAAGGUGACGCUAUCCGUGAUGGCUACCGUCGCAAGCCAGUAGUGUUCGACCUAGCUUCCCACCCAUGGGCCGACAAGGUCGUCUACGAACUGCAUCUCUACAGCAUGUCCGAGAACCUCGACACUGGCAACUGCCCCAUCAUUGAGGCCGAGCUCUACCAAUCCGGCUUCAACGCGCUCGGCAUAGACGCACCCGCCGCCUGCAACAUCACACAAGACUGCCCGAAGGCCGUGCGCCAGACGCCUGUAAUCUUGUCCGAGUUUGGCUCGGCGCAGGACUCGUCCAUAUUCAAUGACACGCUGCAGGGAUGUCUGAAGCAGUUCACCACAAAGAACAAUGUCAGCUGGGCUAUGUGGAGUUUGGCGGGAAGCUAUAGGAUACGCAGUGGUGGGCAGGGUGUCCCUGAUACAUGGGCUCUGACCAACUACGAGUGGGAUGGAUGGCAAUUUGACGAGGGGAUUGAGAAGUGGUGGAAGCCAUGGGCGAAGGCAUCGCUUAGCUAG